AUGUCCGCCAUCCUCCGCAGAUUACAAGGCGGCAACCUUGAAGUCUUCAAAUUCGGCAUGUACAUCAUCUUCCCCAUCGGCUGGAUGUAUUACUUCGGAACGAAUCUCGACGACCGUUUCAGCGUGCCCGGCUUCUGGCCCACCACGGAACAAUCCCACAAGAUCCCGCUCGAGAAGGAGGAAAUCGACAAGGAGCUGUCGCGCAUGCGCAUGAUUGACGCGGCUCGACGGGAACGGCGACUGGAGCGAGAGGCGCGGGCCCAGGCGGAAGCCGACGCACAGGCUGCGGCGGCGCAAGCGCAAGCUGCGCAGAACGCGGAGUGA